AUUCUUUAAAUUUUUUUAAAAAUCUCUCUGUCCUCUAAAUUCUACUUUAAACAUCAGAGGCGUUAAAGCUUUUUCUCAUUCAAACACUCAUCAAACCAUAAAACCUCCAAUGGCAAUUUAACAAGUUUGUUCAUUUACAAACUCUUCUCAGCAACCUCUCAGUGCAAUAUGUACAAGAAUCAGUUGCAAGAGCUAGCACAGGAAAGCUGUUUCAGCCUCCCAUCAUAUACUUGCACAAGAGAAGGACCAGAUCAUGCUCCAAGAUUCAAAGCUUCUGUGAACUUCAACGGCGAAAUAUUUGAAAGCCCAACUUAUUGUUCCACUCUCAGACAAGCUGAGCAUUCAGCUGCCGAAGUUGCUCUCAGUGCUCUCUCUUCAAAGGGUCCUUCUAAGUCUCUAACUGCUAGAGUUCUUGAUGAGACUGGGAUCUACAAGAAUCUGCUUCAAGAGACAGCACAUAGAGCUGGUCUUGACCUACCGGUUUAUACAAGUGUGAGAUCAGGACCUGGUCACAUCCCAACGUUCUCUUGCACUGUGGAGCUUGCUGGAUUAAGAUUUAGUGGAGAAUCAGCAAAGACUAAGAAGCAAGCUGAGAAGAAUGCUGCUAUUUCAGCUUGGUUCUCCUUGAGAAAAAUGCCAACAAGCUUGGACUCUCAAAGAGGUGAAGAGAAAGAACGAGAAGUAGUUGCAAGAGUCCUCUCAAGAUUUAGACCCAAAGAAGUGAGAAGAAGAGAACAACAUCACUCAAGAAGAAGAGCAAUCCGACAAGACACAACAACCACAAGAGAUUUCUUGUGUGAAAAGCUCAGGUUGAUUAGUCCAUAUACCGAAGAAGCUUCAUCAUCAUCAUCAUCAGCAAAACACAACCAAACACUACCACCGAGAUUCUGGUCUUCAACAACAGAUCUCCAACAACAACAAGAAUGCAAAGUCAAAUCAUUGCUAGAGAAGUCUAAAGAACAUGCAGGGCUAAAACAGAGGAGCCCAGAUGAUGAUGCAAAGCCAGAGAUGAUAGUAAAGUCGUUUCCUUUGUCUUUUAAUCCACCAUCGUCGUCAUCAAUGGAGAGAAGAAGCUGUUACAGUAAACUUCUUCCUUUUCCGGAGAUGUUUGCUGGAGGUUUAGGGUUAAACCAUCAGAAACUCGCUCCAGCUGUUCAUAUGAGAUCAGUGAUUCCAGUUUGUUCAGCUCCUCCACCUACCCCACCAUCGAUGCAGUUCAAUGAACCCAACACAUCUUCUUGUUCUGCUCCAAGCUCGUUGGGAAUCAAAGGGCAAGAGAAGAAGUCUCUGAGAUGGGAGAUGAUCGAAUCAAAAAUCAGUUCCAACCCAUGAUUAAGGUUGUGUCUU